AUGGCCGAUAUCACAGAUCAACACGACCAAAAUUCUCCAACAGCCCUCGAUGAACAUGCUGUCGGCAAUGGAAACCCAAUUGCUGGAUCCGAUGCUCGUGGCAUUAAACGCGCAAGACCUGCCACCGCAGAUGACGACGAUGACGAUGAUGAUAAACCCGGUCGCGAAAGAAGAAAAAUCGAGAUCAAAUUCAUUACAGAUAAAUCGCGUCGCCACAUCACAUUCUCGAAAAGAAAGGCCGGUAUCAUGAAGAAGGCAUACGAAUUGUCAGUCUUAACUGGGACCCAAGUUUUGCUCUUGGUCGUGUCCGAGACUGGUCUUGUAUACACUUUCACAACACCAAAGUUACAACCUUUGGUCACAAAGGCGGAAGGAAAGAAUCUGAUUCAGGCUUGCUUGAAUGCGCCCGAACCUUCUGGAAAUGGUGAGAACGGAGUUGAUGAUGGAAACACUGUCGAAUCACCCGAGGAGCCAACUCCACAACAUUUACCUCCACAACAACAAGGUCGUCCUGGAAUGCCUCAACAGGCACCACAAAUGCAUCAAGGUUAUGGCGUUGGUGUACAAGGGCUAUCGCAGGAACAGCAACAAGCUAUUGCUUAUCAAAAUUAUAUGGCUCAUCAGCAACGAGGAGGCUAUAUGCCUCCACAAGCUGGUAUGCCACAACCGCAAACACAUCAAUCAUAA